CAUGAUAUGCGUCAUCCAAUAAACUUCAACAUAGUGUACAAAAGUAAAUAAUGUUAACAUAAAAUUCAAAAUUCAAACAACACUACCAAAAGAUUUAAAAGUAAAACAUAUUCCUUGAAGGGACAUAAGUAAAUUCAGUAUAUACAAUGUAGAAUUGAGUUAAAAAAUUGGUGAUAAUGAUUCCAGUUCCGACUAGCGAUCGGAUAAGAUUGAUGAAAAAGAGCCACAGAGCGAGACUGAUAUCAGAAAUUGUUGGGAAUCCCGAAGAUUACCGCUCCAAUGAGUUUGCAUCGUACUUCCGAGGCGCAGUAAAGGAAUGCGAACCAACAUGCGUGCUCACUUCACAUGUCAAAAGUAAUCAAAUUCAGCCAAACAGAAAGAAGAACAUUCAUACCUACCCGUCUCUUAUACAAAAUCUUCGAUGGAGUCCCUACGUGGAAAUGUCCUCAACGAACGACUCAAAUACAGACAUUAUAGACAAUAAACGUACUUUUGAAUGCAAAUGCAAUAGUUGCAAUGAAAUGAAAUGUCCAUUCAAAGCGUCGCUGCCGGACACAAAACAUGGAGUGUUCAAAGACAACAUAAUGACAUUUUCAGAUCAAUACACAAUGACACCAAGACUGAACGACGUAUGCUGUAGCGUCUGCUUACCCGGGCUUUCGACCCCGCAGUCAUCUAAAGUAUGUGUCGCAGCUAGAGGCAUUGAGAGUGAUGAAUAUAAUCCCAAAAGUGUAAGUAAAAAUUGUGCUCCAAUACCUAUUUUGAAAAAGACUAAUCGUCAACCUCAAGUUUUGUCGCAUGGACACUGUGGAUACGCUACUGGUCAUAUACCUUCUAAAAUUCGUCAGGAGGCUGUUAGAGACACGGACAUGGCGGCAGAGGAUGAUUACUGCGAGCCGAUCAAGCAGAAAUCUUUCAAAUCCUUCUUCAAACUAAAGAAAAAGCCUGUCAUUGAAAAUAAUAACCCAGUAAACGAAGGUGUUAGGAAGAUUAUUUACAAUGAAGGUAUAAGCGAUGAAGUGGCAAACUUCGUGCCGCCUGUUGGUAUUCCUCCACCUAUCAACGUAGAACGUGGUAUCAGUAAGAUAGCAAUCAGGAAUGAACGCGAUGACGGGAUUCCUUACAGCCACAAUACUGAAUCUAGAUACCAUCACAAUUGUAAGAAACCCAAUUUGAAUAUGAAUUAUUAUACUGCAGACUUCGAAGAUGAGCGGAUUGAUAGUCCGAUUAUUGGAAGAAAGUUUGUGGUUUCCAAGUUGCCGAUGAGUCAGUACAAGGUACAGAGGAUAUCGCUUCCAAGGAAAGUGCUGACUUCAGAAAUGGAUAUUGACUCUUAUGUGGAGAGGAACAGGCCUGCCCCACCACCGCCGCCAAAAUGCCGUCGUAAGCGAAGUAAAAUGUUGUUUUAAAACAGUUAUAUACUUUGGAGUAAUCUCAGUCUGUACCACAAGUCCUUCUAAUAUUUCUUGAUGCAUUUAAUGAGGAAUUAAAUUUUAGAUUAUUUAAUAUUCAGUAAAACUUAUCUGUGAUAUUGUUUAUUUACCUUACCGAUGUAACGAGACGGUGUGGUUAUAGUAGUAUGAUAAACAAUUAUGUAUUCAUUAUUAUAUUCAAUGUAACAUUA